AUGAUCAUUUACACCGACAUUAUCUCCGGAGAUGAGAUCAUCGCCGAUACCUACAAGAUCGAACCCAGCAAGGACUGCCCCAUUCUGUGGGAGGCUGACUGCAGAAAGUACACCAAGAAGGUCGGCGAGGACUUCCAGCUCGAGGGUGCCAACCCCUCCGCUGAGGAGGCCGAAGAGGAGAGCGGUGAGGGCGAGUACAAGAUGGUUCACGACAUUGAGGACCAGUUCCGCCUGAACUGGUUGAAGAGUGAGGAGGGCGACAAGCCCUCCAAGGAUGCCUUCAAGGCCCACCUGAAGACCUACCUCAAGAAUGUCAACAACCAGCUCAAGAAGGAUGGCAAGGAGGCGGAGUCCAAGGAGUUCAUGGGUGGCGCCGCCGCUGCCAUGAAGAAGAUCCUUGCCAACUACGACAACUACGAUGUCCUCAUGGGCGAGAGCAUGAACGGCGAUGCUAUGCACGUCCUGAUUGAUUUCCGUGAUGAUGGUGUCACUCCCUUCGCCACCGUCUGGAAGCACGGUCUCAAGGAGACCAAGGUCUAA